AUGCCACAUACGAUCUUCACGCUCCAACAGAACGUCUAUAAUGCCGAUCAUGAUCCCAUAGUUGUCGAAGACGUUGACGAGCACAGUGUUUCUCUUCCAGCCUUGCGGCGCUUUAUCAACUCAACUCAAGGCCGCGCCGUAGGAGUGGCAGCCACGUAUCGCACCGACUGUACUAUUUCGUGUCUGGCAUUUGCAACGCUCACUCGAGCGCUCGUCGUCCACUUUUUUCCUUCGAAAAAAUCGAAUCCGCAGUGGAAGAAGAAGAAAGCCCAAGAAGAACAGCCUCCGGUUUCCCGAGGACGUACCCUCAUACAAGACCAAAUUCUGUGCGACGCUGUCAUCAAACUCUAUGGGUACAGGAUAGACAGGAUCGCACUUGGUCUCUUCCUGGACCUUUCGCUUCGCAUCAAUGCUGCAGUUGACAUCCUGUCAGUGUCUAAAAGCAACCGGCGCUCCCUCCAGGCAAUUAUGAACGCCUUGGGAGGCGAGACCUUACUCCAGAAGGCCAACGUGAAAAGCCUCUUCGAUCAUAGAGAAGGGGAUGUGGCAACGAACGAUGCGGUGCUCCAGGCUUGGGCAGCAUGUCGCGCUGCCACACUUCCUCACAUGACGUUGGGAUAUGCUGCCCUAUCUCGAAUCGCUACAGACAUAAUGCCAGAUCUUCAUCUGAGUGCCCUGGCAAAGAUCUCUCGGGACGCUGAAAUUUUGGAGUCUUUGAAGCCGACGAAAGUCGUCAACAAUGUCAAAGCAGACUUCCACUCCAAGAAGGGUAAUCUCAACCUCGAGUGCACUCGCUUCCGUACUCGUAUCAUGAAGGGCAGCAAUCAGGUGUGUAAAUUCAUGAGACGUUUUGCCACCGACUCUGAACGUUCGAACUUACAGGUCGUCCACAUCGAAACGCUGGUCGGAGAUCGGAAAUCAAUAAUCACUGGCCGCGCAUUGCACGUAGAUGGAAGACAGGCUCAUAUCAACGUUGGCAAAGGUGGUGUACAAGCCUCGGGGAAGGUUAUCUCCGUGACCACUGUCGGGAAAGAAGACCUGACAUUCGCUGAAUCAUACAAAGAAGAUGUAGUGCUAAAGGCGCUUCAAGGCACCAUCACAUUGACCGAACAUCCAUUCUUCUGUACUAUCUGGGCACCGACGUUAAACGUCUCAUGGCCAUCUCCAACUCAGAAUGCUCACAGUGCGCCGUCUGUGCACUAUCCGAGCGGUUCAUUGAACCCCUCGCAGUACAUAGCAGUGGAGCGAAUUCUUUCGCACGCGAACAAGGACCGUAUGUUACUUAUUCAGGGUCCUCCUGGCACUGGCAAAACAACAGUCAUAGCGGCCAGUGUCGACAGUAUCAUCAAGACUGGCCAUAUGGAGAGUACGAUUUGGCUUGUCGCGCAGUCGAAUGUGGCUGUCAAGAAUAUCGCAGAAAAGCUUGACAAGGUUGGCUUCCGUGAAUUUAAACUUCUUGUAUCCAAAGAUUUCCAUCAUGACUGGCAUGAACACCUCUACGAGCGACUGGAACAUUGUUUUAUACGAUCCGACGAGAUCGGUGGCGGAAUCGUUGGUGCUUCCCGGCUUUUACUCGACGCAAGAGUCAUACUUUGCACGUUGAGUAUGAUGUCCAAUCCGCGUAUCGAAUUCAUCACUCGUGUCGUCCCGGUACAAACCGUGAUAUUCGACGAGGCAAGUCAAAUCGAAGUAGGAGACUACCUGCCGCUGCUUCAGCGUUUCCAGCACAGCCUCCAGAAGAUGGUAUUCAUCGGUGAUGACAAGCAACACCGAAUGCCAGUUGUCAUUGGCAACUUCAUCUCCCGUCAUGUAUACGGCAAUCAAUUGAAGACCUCGCACGAUAACUUCAGCAAGACAGUAUGUCAUUUCCUGGAUGUCAAAAGGGGCCAGGAGAAGAAAACGGGACACAGCUGGAUAAACUCACAAGAGAUAGCCGUGGUUAUCCACCUCGCCCGUAUAUACGUGGAGCAGGGCAGGCGGUACAGGGUCCUCACCCCGUACGACGCUCAGAGGACGGCGAUCGAAAAGCAACUUGAAUUAGCAAGGCUCCCUUGGGAAGAUAAGUGCUUCAACGGCGUAGGGUUCUUGAAGAAUGUGCGCAGGACGAACGUCAUGCUGACGCGGUGCAAGGAAAGCAUGAUCAUUUGCACGAGCCGUGAUUUCGUGACGAAGGGUAAAGCAGCAGCCACGCUGGUCGGACGGCUUGCUGCUACCAUGGGCCCAGAGGCGUGGCUGGAUGGUCGUGACGUUAUCAAUGGCAUCUUAAAAUUGAACUAA